UCUCGCUGCUCAAAUCUACGGUUCAAUUUCUCCGUUGUGUCUUAUAAUUUUCCAAAAAAUAUUCUUUGCGCGUCCGUGGGCGGCUUUUGCCAACGCUGGGAGGCAAGGGAGGUUAUGCCCGAGGAGGCUUUGCUCAUCUUCCUAGUGGGCUUAAUAGUCUAUCUUGAAUUAUGGAGAAAGUAUUCCCUUGCUCAAGUUGCUACCAACACCCAGUCUUGCCAUCAUGGGAAUCUUUUGAACAGCGGUUUCUUGUGCUGGGUGACUUCCUCAUCGCUUUUGUUAACUGCACUUAGUGGCAUGUUGUUGGUAAAUGAUAUUGAAAAGCAACCUGAUGAGACUCUUUUCUGAAGCCCUUGUUGGAUCGUGCUUGCUUUCUCUGCUUCAGUCUCGAGUUAUUUUAAGGUUUAGAUUGCGCCACAAUAACUGUUGUUCGUCUGCAUCAUAGCGGUAGAUUGUUCACCUGAAUUCGUUGUUGUAGCUGAGCACCCCUUUGCUUUGAUGAAGUUGGCUGGAUUAUUGAAUAAAUAGAUUCAUGAUGGUUUGCACCUCUUUCAUGGAGAAGUGAGAACAUCUUGCAAUCAGGUUUGCUUUAGUUUCCUAGGAAAGUGAAAUAUCAAUCCCGCCUUACACCAUGAGCAGUUAUGCCUUGAAUACGAACUUGGUUCACAACAAAUUCCUGGCUGCACAAAGAACGUGACUUCUCAUUGGUAGAGUAGCUAUUUUUCGGAAUGACUUGAGUGUGGACUCAUGGUGAAAGCUUUACAAAAUUGCUAUGUGCAUAAAGCUUCGGUUGUAAAAAUAAAAAUUCACUCCGUCCUUCAACAUCACACAUCUCUCAGACCAUAAGUAUUUAUUUUUGUUUGUAAGUAUCGAAAGGAGUGUUGGGCUUCAUUGAAAAUGGAACGGUACAAGUUAAUAAAAGAAGUUGGUGAUGGAACCUUUGGAAGCGUCUGGCGGGCCAUAAAUAAAUUGACUGGUGAAGUGGUUGCAGUGAAGAAAAUGAAGAGAAGGUAUUAUUCUUGGGAGGAAUGCAUGAAUCUUCGUGAAGUUAAGUCCCUGCGAAGGAUGAACCAUUCUAAUAUUGUGAAGCUAAAGGAGGUCAUAAGGGAGAAUGAUAUACUGUAUUUCAUAUUCGAAUACAUGGAAUGCAACCUUUACCAGCUCAUGAAAGACAGAGUCAAGCUUUUCAUGGAAACUGAAAUCCGAAAUUGGUGUUAUCAAAUAUUCCAAGGCCUUUCUUACAUGCACCAUAGAGGUUACUUUCACCGAGAUCUCAAGCCUGAGAACUUAUUGGUCACCAAAGAGAUUAUAAAGAUUGCUGAUUUUGGCCUUGCUCGUGAAUUGUGCUCACAACCACCAUAUACAGAAUAUGUCUCUACUCGCUGGUAUCGGGCGCCAGAAGUUUUGCUGCAGUCUUCUUUAUAUGAUUCAGCAGUUGAUAUGUGGGCGAUGGGUGCUAUAAUGGCUGAACUUUUCACUCUUCAUCCUCUUUUUCCAGGCUCAAACGAAGCAGAUGAAAUUCAUAAAAUCUGUAGUGUAAUUGGUAGCCCUGAUCAUGGCACCUGGGCUGAAGGCCUCCAACUUGCUGAUGCCAUGAGUUACAAGUUUCCACAGGUUCCUUGUGCCAAUUUGGCAGAGCUAAUCCCCUCAGCCAGUGAGAAUGCAGUCAAUCUUAUUAAGUCUCUCUGCGCGUGGGACCCCACCAAAAGACCAAAGGCAGCAGAGGUCCUCCAACAUCCUUUUUUCCAGGCCUCCUAUUAUGUUCCUCCAUCUCUUCGUCCGAGGGUUCCAAAUACUCCUCCAUCUGUUGGAAGUAAAGGUUCGUUGGAGCAGAAGAGUGGUAGAAGGUAUUCAACUGGAGCUCUGUCAAGCAACAAGCCUGCAAGCAAUGUGCUCCGUGCUAAGAUAAAUUGCUCUCUCAAGUCAGGGGGGGUGCAGCGAAAGCUCUCCAUGGAUCAGCAGGAAGCUGAGAAGAGUGGGAAAUUGAAGAAUAGUCUGAAGCAUCCACGAUACCAGCCACCAGCAAGGCAAAACCAAGGUUUGUUGAGGUCAGUGGGGGAGAAUAUAAUAAUAAGCAAGAAGAGCAUGCAGAGGAUACCGGAUGAGGCGAGGUCAGUGCUCCCCCGCAAUUUUACUAAUACAAUGAGGAGAUCAUCGAGCAAGGCGUCUGCAUCAGAUGAUGAAGUGGCGGAAAAGCUAGCAAAGCUGAGCGUUGGAUCAGGAACAGGAUCAGCAUCUGGUGGUGCAAGGCCUCCUCCACCACCCCCAUCGUUGAAGGCUGGGGGUUGGCAUAGCCACACUGAUUUCCUGACGCGUUCAUAUGAGGUACCCUCUGCCAGGCGCUAUUCUAGGAAGGUGGUCGGCUAAAUUCCUCCUGUCCCCCCCGUUCGCUCGUUGUUGAUUUUUUAAGUUUCUCUCUGGCAAAGUUGCGUUUUACUGCGUCUAUGCAUGUUGUUGUCUCUUAAUUGGUUUUGUUAACUACUGCUUCUGUCUCUAAAUCCUUGUAUUACAUAAUGCCUUAUUCAGAAAUUUUAACUUUUUUUUUUUAAUUUUUUAUUGCACUGACAACCAUGUAGCGGAUGGCUGCUAUUUUAUUAAACAUUUACAGAUCUCUCGCGUUCGAAUUUUAAAAUAGGAAACAGCAAGCAUUCCAUUGGUUUUGUAUUCAACCUUCUAAAAAAAGAGUUCGGAUGGUUAGGUUGUUCGCAGUUA